GGUAAACAUCAAACACACGUGGUUUUUAAAGUUUAAUGCUUAUCGCUUUCAAAUUUUAAAUUACAAAUAUCAAUAUUUUACCAUAGUCCAUAAUAGAAUAAUACACAGUAGUACAGUACUACAACAGUACAAUUACUUUUCAUCGUGCCAUCAUCUACAUCACACAUUCACACAUUUAUUCUAAUACUGUAUAACACAACAUUUGUUUUAUAUUUUAGCGAACGAAUCAUCUUAUUACUUUUAAAUUAUACGCAGUACUUACAGUUUUUUAUUGUUACAAUGACUUUACAAUUUAUAACAGAUACCGAUUCAUCUGAUUCGAGUUCAGAAAACGGAGAAAAUUCGGGUAAUUCGAGUUUUAAUGACGAAGACAGUUUGGAUGAAGAUGAAGUUAUCGACAUUCAUGAAGAACCAGUGUUUGAUAGCUCUAAAGAAAUACAUUAUAAAGUUAAAUACAAACAGACUUUUGAAGAAUCCAUUAGCUCAAAUGAAGACGAUGAAAUUUAUGUUUUGAAUUUAGAUGCACAAAAAAGUGGACAAACACUAAGAGUAGCAACAGCACUUUCCAAUUUUACUUGUAAUGUCUAUGAUAUUGAUGCAGGGGUCAAGUCUAAUACAACAUACUUGAAGCAUGAAAAAAAAAUAGUUGAUGUCAAAUUUGGUUCUAGUAGUACUCAGUUAUCGUCCAUUGUUUACACAGGGUCUGAGGACGGAACUAUUAAACUUUGGGAUUUACGCUUAAAAGAAAAAUGUGUUUCUGUUUUUAAAGAUGAUACUGAUGCUGAACUGAAACCAUUGUCGUGUUUUGAUGUAUCUUGUGAUGGAAGAUUCUUAGUUGCCGGAACAGAAGUAUUUAAAGAUGAUGCUUUCUUAUUAUUUUGGGAUAUUCGUACUUCUAAUCUACUUGGUGGUUAUUGGGAUACUCACCAAGAAGAUAUAACACAGGUGAAAUUUCAUCCUACUGAAGACAAAACUGUAAUUAGUGGAUCUACUGAUGGUAUUAUCAACUUAUUUGAUGUUACUCAAACCACUGAGCAAGAUGCUCUUCAAUCAAGCUUCAAUACAAACUCAUCUAUUGCACUAUUGAGUUGGUUUAAAAAUAAAAAUGAUGAUUCAAUCAUAUCUUGUGUUACACAUACAGAGGAUGUACAAUUAUGGCAUACAACAGAUUCUUCUCCAUAUAGUAUUAUUCCCAGAGAAACAAUUAGUAGUUCAAUGAAUAUAAAACCUGAUUUAUUCAGUCAAAUAAUCAACUGUCAUCAAACAAAUGAAAAUGGAAAUAUUAUGUUGCUAGUUGGAAAUGAUAAUAGCAGAGGAGAACAUUUGCAAUCACUUGAUAUAAUAAAUGAUGGUCCUGAACUGUCACCUAGAACUUUAUUCAAAAAUAAUAAACAAAUUGUUAGAUGCAGUUGGUAUGAUUAUAAAUGUGGUAUAAUGGUUACUGGUGGUGAAGCUGGUAUACUAAAUGUUUGGGUUCCAAGUGAUGAUGAAAAUAACUCAGUUGAUAAUACUGGUAAAUGUACAUUAAAAGAAUUGCCAAAAGUAAGCCUGAAAAAUCAUUCUUCCAAACCAUAUUAGUUUGGUUUAAGACAUUUUUAAUUUUAGAUUAUUAAAAAAUAUGUUUUCUGUGUUAUAAUAAACAGUAUGCACUAUAAAA